AUGUCCCUCAACCUUCGUCGUGUCAUGCUCGUCGCCGUGCUCUGCCUUUCAACCGGAACCUGCGUGGGCUCGGGCGUUUCAUCUCCGGACGCUCUGAACCAUGGCCGCCGCAACAUCACCGACGGCCAGACACUCGUCUCGGCCGGUGGCUCCUUCACACUGGGGUUCUUCUCCCCGGGCGCGCCGAGCCGGAGGUACCUCGGGAUAUGGUUCUCCGCGUCCAUGCGCGAAGCCGUGGUCUGGGUGGCCAACCGCGACAACCCGCUCAACGACACCGCCGACGUGCUGGUGAUCAACGGCGCGGGCAUCCUUCACCUUCUCGAUGGAUCCAGUCGGGCCGCGUGGUCCUCGAACACGACCGACGGCGACACUCCUUCCGCGGCGGUGGCCCAGCUGCUUGAGUCCGGCAACCUGGUGGUGCGCGACGAGAGCAGCGGCGCCGUCCUCUGGCAGUCGUUCGACCACCCGUCCAACACCCUGAUCGCGGGCAUGAGGUUCGGCAGGAACCCGCAGACCGGCGUCGAGUGGUCCCUCACGUCGUGGCGAUCCCCCGACGACCCGGCGACGGGCGAUUGCCGUCGCGCCAUGGACACCCGGGGGCUCCCGGACUGCGUGUCGUGGCGCGGCGGCGCCAAGAAGUACCGCACGGGGCCGUGGAACGGGCUGUGGUUCAGCGGCGUCCCGGAGAUGGCGUCCUACUCCGACAUGCUCACCAACCAGAUGGUGGUCCGGCCCGACGAGGUGGCCUACGUGUUCAACGGCACGGCGGCCGCGCCCUUCUCGCGGCUCGUGCUGAGCGAGGCCGGCGUGAUCCAGCGGCUGGUGUGGGACGCCGAUCGCCGGGUGUGGCCCGUGUGGGACGUGUGCGACGACUACGCCAAGUGCGGGGCCUUCGGGCUGUGCAACGUGAACACGGCGUCCACGCUCUUCUGCGGCUGCGUGGUGGGGCUCGUCCCCGUGUCCCCCGCGCACAUGAGGGAGGCGUCGGCCGGUUGCCAGAGGAAGGCGCCGCUGGAGUGCCGCGACGGGGGCGCCACCACGGACGGGUUUGCGGUGGUGUCCGGCGUGAAGCUCCCCGACACGGACAACGCGACGGUGGACGCCAGCGCGACGCUGGAGGAGUGCAGGGCGAGGUGCCUGGCCAACUGCUCGUGCGUUGCCUUCGCCGCCGCGGACAUCAGAGGAGGUGGUGGAGGCAGCGGCUGCGUCAUCUGGUUCGGUGACAUCGUCGAUGUCCGGUAUGUCGACAAAGGGCAGGAGCUCUACGUGAGGCUGGCAAAGUCUGAACUAGCAGCUAAUAAAAAGAGGGGGAGUAUGCUAAAGAUUUUACUGCCUGUUAUGGCAUGUCUGCUUGUACUGAUGUGCAUAUUCCUUGUUUGGAUAUGCAAGUUCAGAGGCAUGCGCCGUAAAAAGGAUAUCCAGGCAAAGACUAUUCUGGGUGAUGAAAAUAUAGAACUUCCAUUUGUUAGCUUCAGAGACAUUGUUACCGCAACAAACGAUUUCUCUAAGGAGAACAUGCUCGGACAAGGAGGCUUUGGGAAGGUUUACAAGGGAAUGCUAGAAGAUGAUACAGAAGUUGCUAUCAAAAGGCUCAGUAAGAGCUCAGGGCAAGGAGUAGAAGAAUUCAGAAAUGAAGUUGUUCUAAUUGCCAAGUUGCAGCACAGAAACCUUGUUAGACUUCUUGGUUAUUGCAUUCAUGGAGAUGAAAGGCUUCUGAUUUACGAAUACUUACCAAACAAAAGCUUGGAUAUCUUCAUUUUUGAUGAUGCAAGUAAGUAUGUUCUUGACUGGCCAACAAGGUCUCAAAUAAUCAAAGGAGUAGCCAGAGGACUUCUUUAUCUCCACCAAGAUUCAAGGUUGACUAUAAUUCAUAGAGAUCUCAGAUCAAGCAACAUCUUGUUAGAUGUGGAUAUGAGCCCAAAGAUAUCUGAUUUUGGUAUGGCAAGAAUCUUUGGUCGCAACCAACAAGAAGCAAACACUAACCGAGUUGUUGGGACUUACGGUUACAUGUCUCCUGAAUAUGCAAUGGACGGCGCCUUCGCCUUCUCUGUCAAGUCCGAUACCUAUAGCUUUGGUGUCCUACUCUUGGAGAUCAUAAGUGGUUUGAAGAUUAGCUUACCCCACCUCUCAGACUUUCCAAACCUAUUAGCUUAUGCAUGGAACUUAUGGAAUGAUGGAAAGCCAAUGGAUAUGGUGGACUCUUCCAUUGUUGAUAAUUGUUCACCAACUGAAGUUCUACGGUGUAUUCAUAUAGGACUCUUAUGUGUGCAAGACAAUCCAAACAAUAGGCCACUCAUAUCAAAGGUUGUGUUCAUGUUGGAGAACGAAGCCACGCCACUCUCAACUCCAAGACAACCUGUGUAUUUUGCACAAAGGAACUCUGAAGCAAAAGAAAUAGGAGAAAAUACCACCAGCUCUAUGAAUAGCAUGAGCCUCACAGUGUUGGAAGGGUGGUAG